GGAGAUUUGGGGUUAUGGAACUGGACGAUACCUACCCCGAUGCAUCUGGAAACGUCCCUGCCCAUCACUCGCCACAGUUGACCUGCGUACGCCCAUGCGAUUGGACCGACCAGCCGUGUGGACUGUUCAUAGAGGUGGACAAGAUCCGUAUUGAAGACCACCUGUGGUUUUGGCAUGGGGUUGAAGCGAAGAAAGCCACUCCCUGCCGAUUCGAGGGUUGCCCGGACGCAGGGACGAUGAUGUAUUUGAGCCGUCACAUCGAAGGGGUCCACUUCGCUACGUCCUAUCAAUGCCCCUAUUGCAAGAAGCUGUCGUCGAGGACCGAUUCUUUGGCUCGGCAUCAGAAGGGGUGCAAACCAUUGCUUGCUAGCAGGGCUCAUGCUGAACAUGGAAAGUACCAAUUCCAUCACCAAGCGAUGAUCAAGUCAGUUUCUGGAUAUAUCGUUCCUGCCAACAACGCGACCUAGGACAACGCCUGAAUAUUGUUGACUCCAAUUCUUGACACAACUUCUCUCUACGUCUGAUGACAAUCAUUCCAUUCUAUUACCAACAUUCCUUUAGAAUAUUCUCUCUACGGCUAACGACACUCGUUUCAUUUUGUUACCAACGUUCCUUUUGAAAUUUAUUCUCUCUACGGUUAAUCACACUCGCUUCAUCCUAUCACCGACAUUCCUUUCGAAUAUUCGCUCUUUUCGUCCUUGCUUAGUGUAUCUUCUAUGUGGUUAUUGGGUUAUCUUUAUUGCACGCUGGACGUGGCUAUCGUACCUUACCAUCGUGCUCGGUCUAUCUUACAUAUGGUUGUUGUAUGGGAAGGAAUUUGGAAGUAG